AUGCAUAGUCUACCUGCCCCUGCCCUUCUGAAGCAUAGUCCACCUGCCCCUCUGAACAUAGCCUACCAAUCCCCUGCCCCUCUGAAGCAUAGUCUACCUGCCCCUGCCCCUCUGAAGCGUAGUCUACCUGCCCCUGCUCCUCUGAAGCAUAGUCUACCUGCCCCUGCCCCUCUGAAGCGUAGUCUACCUUCCCCUGCCCCUCUGAAGCAUAGUCUACCUGCCCCUGCCCCUGCCCCUCUGAAGCAUAGUUUACCUGCCCCUGCCCCUCUGAAGCAUAGUAUACCUGCCCCUGCUCCUCUGAAGCAUAGUCUACCUGCCCCUGCCCCUCUGUAUCUACCUGCCCCUCUGAAGCGUAGUCUACCUGCCCCUGCCCCUCUGAAGCGUAGUCUACCUGCCCCUGCCCCUCUGAAGCAUAGUCUACCUGCCCCUGCCCCUCUGAAGCGUAGUCUACCUGCCCCUGCCCCUCUGAAGCGGAGUCUACCUGCCCCUCAUAGUCUACCUGCCCCUGCUCCUCUGAAGAAUAGUCUACCUGCCCCUGCUCCUCUGAAGAAUAGUCUACCUGCCCCUGCCCCUCUGAAGCGUAGUCUAUCUGCCCCUGCCCCUCUGAAGCGUAAUCUACCUGCCCCUGCCCAUCUGAAGCGUAGUCUACCUGCCCCUGCCCCUCUGAAGCAUAUUAUACCUGCCCCUGCCCCUCUGAAGCCUAGUCUACCUGCCCCUGCCCCUCUGAAGCAUAGUAUACCUGCCCCUGCCCCUCUGAAGCCUAGUCUACCUGCCCCUGCCCCUCUGAAGCGUCGUCCAAAUGCCCCUGCCCCUCUGAAGAGUAGUGUACCUGCCCCUGCCCCUCUGAAGAGUAGUCUACCUGCCCCUGCUCCUCUGAAGCGUAGUCUACCUGCCCCUGCCCUUCUGAAGCGUAGUCUACCUGCCCCUGCCCCUCUGAAGCAUAGUAUACCUGCCCCUGCCCCUCUGAAGCAUAGUCUACCUGCACCUGCCCCUCUGAAGCGUAGUCUACCUUCCCCUGCCCCUCUGAAGCAUAGACUACCUGCCCCUGCCCCUCUAUAGCGUAGUCUACCUGCCCCUGCCCCUCUGAAGCGUAGUCUACCUGCCCCUGCCCCUCUGAAGCAUAGUCUACCAGUGCCUGCCCCUCUGAAGCGUAGUCUACCUUCCCUUGCCCCUCUGAAGCAUAGUCUACCUGCCCCUGCUCCUCUGAAAGAUAUAGUCUACCAAUCCCCUGCCCCUCUGAAGCGUAGUCUACCUGCCCCUGCCCCUCUGAAGCGUUGUCUACCUACCCCUGCCCCUCUGAAGCAUAGUCUACCUGCCCCUGCCCCUCUGAAGAGUAGUCUACCUGCCCCUGCCCCUCUGAAGCGUAGUCUACCUACCCCUGCUCCUCUGAAGCAUAGUCUACCUGCCCCUGCCCCUUUGAAGCGUAGUCUACCUUCCCCUGCCAAUCUGAAGCAUAGUCUACCUGCCCCUGCCCCUCUGAAGCAUAGUUUACCUGCCCCUGCCCCUCUGAAGCAUAGUAUACCUACCCCUGCUCCUCUGAAGCAUAGUCUACCUGCCCCUGCCCUUCUGAAGCAUAGUC